CGGAGGUUCUGAAAUAGUGCUGCUUGUUUAACACGUGCGUAGUAGAAAGACGGAUGGAGAUUCCUGAUCACACAAGCAAGCUAUCAAGUGUGUCAGAAGAUGAGUUCUCAACAAUAUCCACGACCGGGAAUACCUCCUAGUAUGGGACAAAACCAGACUCCUGGAGGAAACACGGCAAUGGUGUCUGGUAGUCAACCAAACACAGCAGGUGGGGCAGAUGAUGGCAACCGUGACCCUCACCCAGACCACGGUCCUCGUGACCACCCCAGCAGUGGUGGUGGAGCAUCGACCUUCAGAGAUGACAAGCAGGAGACAGUGGUGGUCCGGCCUUACCCCCAAGCCCAGGUCCAUGGACCCCCCCAGGGUCACCCCACUCCAGCAGGGCACCUGCCCCUCCAGCAGGGCAUGCCCGUCACAGUGUCAGCCCCUCCACCACACAUCCCCCAGGGCCUGCCUCUGGCUUUCACUGAAGGGCCCAUGAAGGUGCAGCCAGCUCUGAAGUCGCCCAUGCCCGGUCGAGUGAUCGCCCCAGCACCAGCCAACACCCAGGGCCACAUCGCCCUGCCACCCAAGGUGCCAAGCCACGUCACUGUAACCAUGGAGAGCACUGUGCCUCAGACCGCCGGCAUCCCUGUUGCAACUAUCAGUGGCCAACAGGCGUGGCGUUUCCAGGGCAACCCCAGUAACCUGCACCAUCACCUGAUGACAACCAACGUGCAGAUCAUCCGCAGCAACGCCCCGCCCCUGCAGCUCGGCUCCCCUGGCACCCCCCAGCACACCUUCACCUCCCAUCUGCCCAGAGGAGCUGCUGCAGCUGCUGUGAUGUCCAGUUCCAAAGGACAAACAGUGCUGAGACCUGCUACAGGCCCUGGUGGUGGCACUGGCCCACCUACUGUCCAGCACAUCAUCCACCAGCCCAUCCAGUCCCGCCCUAUAGUCACAACGUCCACAGCUGUGAUGCCCACGGUAGUUGCCCCAUUAACGGCCACCAGGCCUCAGUCCCCAGUGGUUAGCUCAGCCACGCACUCCGCAGAGAUGGUUCAUGGGCGUCCAGGACUGAAUAUCCACCCCCCUCCAGCCACUAUGAGCAUCCAGCGUCCUCCCCAAUCUCGGGACACCCCCACACGCAUCACCCUGCCCUCCCACCCUGCCAUUGGGGGUCAGAAACCCCAGCUGCCCCACACCAUGGCACAGAAGCCCAUGUUCAGCAAUGUGACUCCUGUCGCGGCAGCAACUGUUGCCCCAAUAUUAGCCACCAAUACUGCUCCAUCGCCAAGCACUACGGGACCUCACCCCCAAAUGACCAACAGUAACAUCGUCACCAUGACGAUGACCUCUCAUUCCUCCCACGCCACAGCAGUCACCACGUCCAACAUCCCUGUGGCUAAGGUGGUUCCCCAGCCGAUAGCCCACACCUCACCCAGGAUCCAGCCGGAGUACCCUGGAGAGAGGGGCAACCUGAUCCCCAUCUCUGGUCACCGCUCCUCCCCGAACCCCAUCACCAUGGAGGCCCGCAGUGACAACAGGCAAUCAGUGCCAGUGCAGUUCCAGUACUUCCUGCCUACCUACCCUUCUUCACCGUUCCCUCUGACACACACCUACACCCCCAUCACCAGCUCUGUGUCCACCAUCCGACAGUACCCAGUAACCCCUCAGGCUCCCAGCGGCACAGCCAUGCAGACCCAGACCAGUGUGGGCGUAGCGUCGGCGGUGCACCUCAACCCCAUGCAGCUGAUGACGGUGGACCGCAUCGCUCAGAUCAACACGCAGAACAUCCAGCCCGCCGGCAUGGCCACGCAGGGCAUCCAGCCAACCACCAUCAGUGCCCAGGGCCUUCACGCCACCACCGGUCAGAUCACUGCACAAAACAUCCAACCGGCGCCCAUCAACCCACAACAGCCAACCAAUGAGAACAAGACCUCAAUUGUGUUAGCAGACGGCUCUACUCUGGUAACCAACCCCAUCGGCCAGACGUUCGGCAGCAGUCAGCCGCCCACCUCUGUGGGGCAGACACACCCCCAGAACACUGGGCCUGGUGCCCCCACCCUGGUGUCCUCUCCCCGGCCUAGCAUCCUACGCAAGAAGCCUGCCAACGAGGGGUCUGCAGUGAGGAAGAACUUGAUCCCAGAGGCCACCAGCCCCAGGAUAGACGGAGGAAUCAGGCAUGCAUCAGGGUUUCCACGCCCAGCAGGUGUGAAGCACAAGCCUGAUCUCCACGUGUCCCUGGCUCCCCUGGUGACGUCAUCCUCCAUGGAGGCUCUGCCCAGCCAUCAGACCAAUGAACAGCAGCAGCACCCCGGAGCCCCGCCCCACCAGCACCCCUCUCAGCCAAUCCAGACGCUCCUCUCAGUGUCAGCACCCCCACAUUCACAGCCUGGCCCCGCCCUGUCCGCCAUCACUCCACCAAUCUUGUCUAUGGCCAACGUGGUGGUUCCAGCUACCCAGUCAGUGGCCAGUAGCACUGCGGCAUGUGGAAUAAGCUCCACCCUCCCUGAGAUCAAGAUAAAGCAGGAGGUGGAGGCCAUGGAUACCUCCAAACCAGGUCCCCCCAUGCCCCAUGGUGGUGCCCCCUUGUUGUCCAUGAUGCCCGGUGGGGAUGUGACCCCCGGGGCCUCCCCCAGGAAGAAGCCCCGGAAGCAGCAGCAUGUCAUCUCCACGGAAGAGAGCGAGAUGAUGGAGACCAACAGCACGGACGAGGAGAAGGUCCUGGCCAGACCCCUCAGCAUGAGGGCCGAGAAACGCAAGUCGCCCCUCAAGGAGUACAUAGAUGAGGAGGGGGUGCGUUAUGUCCCCACCCGUGCCCGCCCCCCGGUCACCCUCCUCCGCCACUACAGGAACCCUUGGAAGGCUGCCUACCACCACUUCCAGAGAUACAGCGACAUCCGGGUCAAAGAGGAGAAGAAGGGCACCCUGCAGGACGUAGCUAAUCAGAAAGGGGUGGUGUGCAGAGCGCAGGGCUGGAAGAUGCACCUGUGUGCUGCACAGCUCAUGCAGUUGACUAAUCUGGAGCAUGACGUGUAUAGCCGCCUCACUACCCUCCAAGAGGGUCUGAUCCCAAAGAAGAAGGCCGGGUCAGAUGAUGACCUGCACCGUAUCAAUGAGCUCAUACAGGGUAACAUGCAGCGCUGUAAGCUGGUGAUGGACCAGAUCACUGAGGCUAGAGACUCCAUGAUGAAGGUGCUGGACCACAAGGAGAAAGUCAUGAAGCUAAUCAACAAGAAUGGUGGAGCCAAGAAAGUCAACAAGCUGAAGCGCAAGGACAAAGCCUAGAACAGAGGGGGGACAACCAAGCCUAGGCUAACCCCCUGUACCCUUCUCUUUCUGAGGACCGCACUAGUCUACACCCCUCACUGAUCUGACCGUGAUUUAACCAUGGACAACUGGCAGAUUGUGGCAGUAUGGUGUCUGGGGUUACUCGUUAGCUGUGCGUGACCGUCCGACCACUCUUGACCUAGAACUGUGACCUAGAACUGAGACCCAAGUGGUCGGCAGAAGGAACAGAUAAGGAACAGACACGGUUCCACUACGUCCAAGUGAGGAGCUUGUCAACGGACAGGAAUGUACAAGUAUUAAGACCUUUUCAGGAAGUUAGUAUGUCCUCAGUUGUUGAUUGGAUGGCGGGCAGAAUUAUUAUGAUUUGAUUGGUUGAAUGAUGGUCUAGAGGGGAUGCACUAUGUUGAAUUAAUACCCUUGAACGUUGUGUAAAGCAUCGAUAUGGGUUGUUGAACUAUCAUCAAGUACUUAUUGCGUAAUAAAUGUGUAAAUCAGUA